CCGGAAUAUUCUCAAGAGCAAAUACUGCCAGAGCUGUACAACUUAACUCUAUUGUGACAUAGAUGCAUGUAAAUGCCAUUAGAGAGUUUAUUAUCAAUGGUGGAUGUACAUGUACUUGAAAUUGGAUAAGCCAUGUAUACAGAGGAUCAGGAGAUGAGAGAGAUAGAACUAACGAGCAUGGCCGCCGAAGGCUUGGAGAAAGCUGAUCCAAGCUGCUUUGAAUUACUCAAGGUAUUAGGUCAAGGAUCAUUCGGAAAGGUGUUCUUGGUGAGAAAAACAACAGGUCAAGAUAAAGGAACAAAAUAUGCCAUGAAGGUCUUGAAGAAGGCUACACUUAAAGGUAAGGUCAUGCCCACUUAUUUUGUACUUUUAUGAGAAAGGUCAAAAUAACAUUUAUCCUGAGCUAUGUACACUUUAAAUUUGCUACAACAUUUAUGCAAAACAGUUCAAUUUCUACAAAUAUUCAUUAAAGGACAAGUCCACCCCCAAGAAAGUUGACUCAACCAAAAAGCAACAAAUCCUACAAGCAUAAUACUGAAAAUUUCAUUGAGAUUGGAUGUAAAAUAAGAAAGUUAUGACAUUUUGAUAUUUCGCCUAAUUUCACAAAUAUUCACAGUUAUAUUCACAUCCUUGUCGUUAUGCAAAUGAGGAGACUGAUGACAUCACUCACUAUUUCUUUUGUAUUUUUUUUUUAUGAAAUGUGAAAUAUUCUAAUUUUCCACCUGUUGCCCUGUAAAACAAUUAAUUCCUCCCCGAACAUGUGGAAUUAGCAUUGUUUAAUACUAUAUGGUUCAAUCAAGUUGGUCCUUAUUGUCAAAUCUGUAAAUAAUGAAAUAUUGUAUAAUUCAAACAAUAAAAAACAAAAGAAAUAGUGAGUGAGGGACAUCAUCGACUGUGUCAUAAUUUGCAUGUCACUGAGUUGUGCAUAUCACUGUUUUAAAGAAGCUAAAACAAUAAAAUGUAAUAACUAAUUUUACAUCUGAUUUUGAUGAAACUUUCAGCAUGCUGCUUGUUUGAUUUUUCUCUAUUUAUUCAAAUCAACAUUUUUGUGGGAUGGACUUGACCUCUAAAUAUUUAAAAAAGAUCAUGCAAAUAAGCCUGUACAGGUGAACGUACCUGUCACACUGGAUCAGUUUCAUUUUUUUCUGGAUGAGGUUAUUUAUAUCGAAUUACGAUUUUCAGAAUUCAAACGGCUUUCUGUAGUCCCAAGAAAUUUGAGUUUAUAUUAAGCAGAUAAUUACAGAUAAGAUGUAUUUUAGUAACUGUAUUCCUACAUACAUAUUGCAUUACGGAUAACCUUCUCCUUCUAUCACUGAUGCUGAUUGUCUGCCGAUUUAUCCAUCCCGGAACCCUUCAUCCCAUGAUGACUGCCUGAUGAAACCUAAAAAUAACUCAAGAUUGUUAAUGACAAACUAGCACCCUUGAGAAAAAUUCUAUCAUCUGCUUUUAAUGCAGCUUGAAUCAUUAAAUAUGAUCAUAAAGUCCACUUAGGCUGUCCACAAAACAUUAGCUACAUGUAUGUUCACACGAGAAGCCAGAAUUUCAAGUUAACUUUGAGAAUUUAGGCCGUGUUUAUGCUUCCACUUUUCAGGCCAGAAUCAGCGUUUCCAAAUGUGAUUAGUCCAAAACACGGUUGCGUCCAUGCUUACUUUCAUUUAAACGCUGUUUCAAAACGCCGAUUGUAAACUCACCAAAAGGUGCGUUUGUAAACGUCGUUUGACCAGAAUCAGGCUUUCUGGGGAAGUAAAAACAGAACCACGAUCGUAAACGUGUUUAAAUGACGUCAUUUGGUACAUGCUUCCGGUGAGAUGAAAAUCCGCGGGCUAAUACAGUCGCAUUGCUCCAUGGUCGCAUGUUACCUCCACGGAAUAACCUCUCAUCUCCCUUGUUACAUUUGCAUGUGUGAUAAUUGAUUUAAGUAGUAUCACUAGUAUUACUCUUCCAAUUUGUCAUCACGAUGAAUGUUGAAGGAUUUACCCAAAAAAAAACCUGGAACAUGAGUUAUAAUGAGGAGACAUCGCCAGAUGCCCCAGUAGCAUAAACAAAUAGAUGUUUUAUUAUUUUGUGUACUUAAUAUUCUUUAUUUUUUCUUACUAUUAUCCUCACCAUGGUGGAAAUUAUAUGGCUAUAUCAAGAAGCUCCAUGCAAUGACUAAAAUAUCGGAAAUUGUUCGAUGUUUAUAUAACAGUCGACGUACCUUCCCCAUAACAACACUCGGAAAAAAAUACUUUCGAAAAAAGGCGCGCCCAAUUUGACCUCGCUUUCCUGCUCAACGAAUGCGAAGCCAGCUGGGGAUCUUGAUUUUGCCUCUGAAAAGUUAAGCAUAAACAGCACUCCCAGAACCACGUUUACGAUCAGCGUUUUGGAUCGACGUUUGAAAACGCUGAUUCUGUCCUCGCAAUGGAAGCAUAAACACACCCUUAGUCUUCAACUGUAGCUUGGUCUUAACUUGGAGUUAGGACUUGUGAGGACACACUCGGGUUUUAUGUCCUUGAGAAUUAGUUGAGGUUAAUAACCUCAACAGAUCUAGGUUUAAGACUCAAAAUUCUGAGGGGUGGGUGGUCUCCAUAUCUCAUGUUGUGUAUGUGAACACGAUUCUCAAGAUUCUCAAGAGUGAGCUCUCGUGAAAGUUAAACUUCCGCGUCAUGCAGCACGCACCCCCUUGUGGGAGCUUACUGGGCAGGUGGGCACCCAGUGCUGGGGUGGCUUCCAUCGCAUGUAAUUUUGCCGCACAGUAUACGGGGAAGUGAAAUGUGUGUGCUACCUAUAACUGGUACUUCCGGUCAUUGAGCCUCUCACUAUCUUGGAGGAAAUUAUAAGCACUCUGUGUGAACCUGACUCUUGAAGUAGCCAUCAGGGUAUAAAUUCAUAUCAAUCCUCGCGAAUUAACCAUGAUGGUUGCGUGUGAACAUGACUAUUAUUUUAAUUGUCACUUCAACUUGAAUUACAUCAAUGCUUUUUUAAUUAGAUUGACAACUAUCCAUUUUUCUUUUAACAUCCUUAUUCCUAGCUUUAUAAAUUAAAACAACUAAUGAAGCCACCCUUUAUAUUAUAACAAGAUUGAAAAGGAGAAAUUUACCCCAGAAUUCAAAUUUUAGAAAACGAUAAAAAAAAAGAAGUAGCUAAUGUAUACCUGUUGGCAUACUUUCUUUCCUUUUUAAAAAUGUAAUCAAUUUUUAAUAAUUGAACAUGUUAAAAUGCAGAUGGUCUUGUAAACUUUCUUAAUAUUUUUUCUGAAAUUCGCAUCUGAGACCAACCGGGGAUUAGGAUGAUUCGUAAAACGCUUGACCCGUGAAUAUGUUACACUGAUCAAUAACGGUACGCAAGGUAGUUAAGAAGAAUGAUGGUCGAGAUCACUGACUGUUGCUAUAGAGAACCUCCUUUUGAAAUGCACAUUUUAUCAGCGUCUCAAAUUAACAGACUUAAUUUUACGAAUGAGUAAAGAUCACUUUCACUCGACUGUGGUUGAAAUAUACGGCUUCGAAACCACAUUUCUGAGGUAAAACGGGAACAAUUGAAUCAGCCGUAUUGCUACACUUCGUGAUAAAAAUUGCAUUCUCAUAUUUUAUUCAAACUGACUUUUAUCCCAGUCUAAUACCUUCACAUCUAAUCCUUACAGCUCAAGUCCCAGGACUGAUGGGUGCAUAAUUACAGACUUUUUUGCACUAGAAUAUUAUCAGAAGCUGUAAAUGGCUCAAUUGAAUAAAUUUUGGUUUGCAUAUUUUCAUGAGUUGACACGUGAUACAAGUACAACAAUGAUCAUCCAUAGGAGAUAUAUUGUAAAGCAUCAGUGAAAUUG